AUGUCGUGGGCCGCUCAAGCGAGCUUGAAUAUACCUGCUUCCAGGAUGCAACCAACAGAUGCAGAAGAUCAAGCAGCUGAAGAUGCUGCAGUGGAAGAGAAAUGCACCCAAUUGCGAAGUCGCCUUGGCAGACUGCCAGAGGAAGACUUGCAGUUUGCUGUGGAUUCAUUCACUUCACAGAUACGCGAGACCUGGGGCCUUCGGCGUGCUUUGGCAGCUUUGACAGCUGAUAGACAUCAAAGUCCAGAGGGAGGAGCAAGGAAGAGCCACUUGCAAUUGCACAUCUUCGAAGCCGAAGCCAAGAGUGCUUACAAACAGGAGCUCAUGGAGACGGAGCUCUGCAGUGAACUGGUUCGAGAGGCAAAGGCCCUCGCAGAGCAAGCGGAGUCGCUGCGAAUGCGAGAAACGCAGCGGGAUGCCAGGUAUGCACACUGGGAAGAAGCGGCUGUCCAGCUACCAGCGGUUCUCAAUGCAGAAGGAGCUUUGCGGCAGCGCGCCGAGAACAUGAUGACGGAAGAGUUGCGUCUGCAGGCGCAGGUAGAAGAGUGGCAGCGCCGGUCAGCAGCCGAGCUUCUUGCUUGUCGCUUUGAAGUCAGCGACCUGCAGAAGCAAUGUGGCGAGCUGAGAGGGGAGCUGGUGCAGGCGCAGGCGGAGGUGUCGCUGGCAUCCAAUGAGGUACAGGCGGAGGCAGUUGGCUUCUGGUGGGCGGGGCAGUUGACUUUACUGUGUGAUGAUAAUUCAGAGGGAUGUGCGUCACGUAAGUGGGCGUUUCGGUAUGAUGUGGCUUGGGCUGCUUGUUGCAGGCCUGGAAAACGAUGUGGUUUGUGA